CGGUUCGGUGCGUAUUCGAUUCGUUUUCGGAAGCCGCCGGAAAAGUGUGAAACGGUGAUACGGUGUGUGUUCGGUACCUAAUAGAUAACUGAUAGAACCGAAAAGCCCCUCGACACGAAUCGGUUUCGUUCGGUUUCCAUUCGGGUCCAGAGUUCACAAAAGCAAUUAGUCGUUUACACACAUACGGUUUAGUUUCGGUUCGGUCACGUUUUCGGCAAGGGAAAAUAUUAUUUCAUUUUCAUUUUCUCAUUUUAAAUUUUGUAAUUUACAUUUGGCAAUGUCUGAUUCACUUGACAUUGAUAUUGAGCGGCUGAUUACAUCAGUCCAAUCACGUGUAGUGCUGUGGGACAAAACAAGUGAAAAGUAUAAAGAUAAAUUUAAGACGCUGGAAGCAUGGAAAGCUGUUUGUACGGAAAUCGUAGACGGCUACGAAGAUUUUGACGACUCUAAAAAAAAUGAUAUCGGUAAACAUGUUCUAAAAAAGUGGACGCAAGUGAGAGACUCGUACCGAAAAUCAUUAGGAAAAACUAAGGCUGCUAAGAAAUCGGGAUCUGGGGUGGUAAAAGUAAAAGCCUACGUUUAUUCAUCUCAGUUGCAAUUCCUUGACAAAAUAUUCGAAGAAAGAAAUACAGAAGACACUUUGUCACAAAAUAUUGACGAUUGUGGUGAUGAGGAUGCCAUGGUUGAAACAGGAGAGAACCCUGUGGAACAAGUUCCAAGUACAUCGAGUGAUGGAGCGGCUGAAAAACCUAAAUCACCUUUCAAAAAACCCGUUACCAAGAAACGAAAAAUGGAUCCUGUUGAAUUAGAAAUGAUUUCAGCCUUAAGAGAACCAGUAAAUCGGCACCUCUCAUUUUUCAAAGGAUUACUCCCUUCUCUUGAAGAUUUUAAUGAAUUUGAUACAAUUGAUUUUCAAAUGGAGGUAUUGAAAAUCGUUAAGAACAUCAGGGAGCGGAAGUAUCAGCAGCAGACACAACCGGUCUACAACCAACAUCAUCCACCUUUAUGUAGUAGUUCAGUUUCCCAGCUACAAACUGAACCGCAAAUAUCCGCUGGUCAAUACUAUGAGAAAACUGCCCACUAUCUUUCAAGCCCAAACCCUAGCUACAGCUCCCAUUCGGUUUCCGAUGAUAGUUCAGAUUAUUUAUUUAAUUUAAAUUGAAAUAUGUAACCAAAUAUAUUAUAUUAUAUAAUUAUAAUAUUUAAUUUCGUUAUUUAUUUGUAAUUUCAAAAUAUAAUUAUCAAAAUAUUAUUUUAUUUCAAAAUAAAUGUAUUUCUGUUUAAUUGUUCAUUCUAAUAAUUGAUCUUAUUGACUUACCUCA